UAAUUUAAGAAAUGAUAAUAAUUCUAGGUCUGUUGAUAUUAUGUGUGUAAGGUUUGAAUGAAGUGAAAGUAUCAUUUAAUGAAAUAGAAUCUCCAGUGUCUAAUAUUUAUUGGUGUGGAUCAUCUGUUGUUUUUACAAAAGAUGAUGAAACAAUUGAAUAAACUCAUUAGGAGAGUAGAAAAGUGUUGUUUAUACUUACAGACAAAGGGAAAAUAUGGAGAUCAGCAGAUUAUGGAUCAACAUGGUUAGAUGAGACUAAGAGUUGGGAAAAAAUGGAACCAGAAAAUAAAUAAUUAUAAUUUGAAAGUAUUCAUAUUUCACCAGCUGAUUCAAGAGUUAUAUUCUUUUUUGGAUCAAAUGGUAUUAGUUAUAAAUCUAAGAAUUGUGGAAGAACUUAUACAAGAUUCACACAUUCAGAAGAUCUUUAUGAUUUUAAAUUAAAUAAGAUGGAUCCAUAAUGGAUAAUGGCUUUCAAAGAUAAACCUUGUGGCAAAAAUGAUAUCAAUUGUAAAGACUUUUAUAAGAAAUCUAUUUAUGUGACUGAAGAUGGAGGAGAAACUUGGAAAUCUGCUUUAAAUUAUGUUAGAGAUGCAGCAUGGGAUAAAUUAUUAUAAUAUUAACUUAUUCCUGAUUAAAGAAUUAUAGUUUGUCAUAUGAAAGAAGGCAAAUCUGUUAUUUCCUAUUCUGAUGAUUAUUUUACUACUAUAUAAACAAUGUAAGAAAAUGCAUUAGGAUUCUUUUAAACUUCGCAUUAUAUCUUUGUAUUAACAACAGGAGAAGAUGGUGAAACUGGAUAUGAAUUACUCAUUGCUCCUGCUUAUUUAGAUAAAUUCUAACCUUAACCUGUAUAAUUACCAAUUCCUUUGAAUUAACAUACCUUUACUAUUCUUGAUACUUCAGAAGGAUAAAUAUUUUUAUCUGUUUCUCAUAAAGAAGAAAAUUAAAGAUUAACUAAUGUAUAUGUAAGUGAUUUUAGAGGAUUCAAAUUCACUCUUUCUUUAUUACAUAAUGUUAGAUCACUUGAUACUGGAAAUUGUGAUUUUGAAAGAAUUCUAGGAAUGGAGGGAGUUUAUGUAGCAAAUGUUUUUGAUCAUUAAGAAGUUGAAAAAUCAAAAUCUAGAAGUUCUAUUACACCAGCUACUUUAGAAUUAUAUAAAAAAACUGUAAUAUUGAUAUAUUUAUAUUUUUAGUUUAUUUCUUAUGAUAGAGGUGGUUAAUGGCAUCCAUUAAAAGCACCAGAAAUAGAUUCAAAAGGAUAAGAAAUUUUAUGUUCUGGAGAUUGUUCUUUACAUUUGAAAGGAAGAACUGAAGCCAAUUAAAAUCCUCUUUAUUCUAGUUAAAAUGCUCCAGGAAUUAGUAUAGGUGUUGGAAAUACAGGGUUGUAUUUAACUUAAAAGGAUCAUGAAGUCAAUACUUAUCUAACUAGAGAUGGAGGACAUGAAUGGUUUGAAAUUAGAAAAGGUUCUCAUAUGUAUGAAAUAGGAGAUAGAGGAGGUCUUAUUGUUAUGGGAUAAGAUGAUAAACCUAUUAACUAAAUCAUUUAUUCUUGGGAUCAAGGUUUUUCAUGGGAAGAAGUCAAAAUUGGUGAUAAAGAAUUCGAAAUACAAAAUAUAGUUACUGAACCAUCUAAUAUGGAAUAAAAGUUCAUUAUUUAUGGAUAAAGUAGAUCUAAAGAAAAUUCAUUAAAAGGAUAUGUUAUAGCAUUGAAUUUCUAAACACUUCAUUAAAGAGUCUGUUCUGGUGCUUGGGAUCCUACAAUGCCAGAAUCAGAUUAUGAAUUUUGGAUUCCUAAAAAUUUUGAAUCUGGAAAAUGCUUAUUUGGCAGAAAAAUUAAAUAUAUCAGGAGAAAAAGAGAAGCUUAAUGUUUCAAUCAAGAAGAAAUUGAUAAAAAAUUUUUUAUCGAAACUUGUCCUUGCAUUGAAGAUGAUUGGGAAUGCGAUUUUGGAUUUUACAGAAAAAUUGAAGGAGGACCCUGUGUACCUAUUGCUGAUAAAUUUGAAGAAGAUGAUACUCCUGAUUUAUUAAAGCCACCUGUCAAUUGUUAAAAGACUUAUAUGAAAACUUAAGGUUAUAGAAAGGUUUCAGGUGAUUAUUGUCAAGGUGGUAUUGAUCUUUCACCAGUUGAAACACCUUGUCCAGAUUUAGUAACUAAUAAUACUUCAUAAAAUAAUACUCAAAUACCAAUCAAUGAUCAACAAUAACCUACAAUUAAUAAACCACAAAUAAAAAAUACUGCAGUUUCAUCAAUCAAACCAUCUAAACCAAAUUCAUAUUUGUGGUAUGUCGUAGCCUUUUUAGGAGUUAUUGUUAUCAUUUUAUUAUUCAAAGAAAAAAUAAUCAAGUAAUUUUUAUCAUUUAUCAAUUCUAGUCUAUUUAAAAGUAAACCUCCUUAAAAGUCCUCAUCUUAUAUGUACAAAGGAAAUUAUGAAUAACUUAAAUUAUUUAGUGGAAACGAUGAUGAUGACGAGGCUGGCAAUUGA